AUGUUGGAGUCGUUGGAGCCGGAGUCACCACCUUUCACCGGAAUAGGUUUCCAACGUGCGUUACUGUCUGGGAUCUUUGCAACCUCUGUGUUCAUCUAUACGGAGGUGACAAACGGCCAUUUAAUAAACCCUAAAUUGUCACCAAGAAAAGCUCAAGAUCUCUGUCGCCAUGUUCCUCUGAUUCUUCAGAUCUAUCUUGGACUCACACUCGAAACACCAAAACCCUCUUUGUCAGCUUCAGAUCUUCGCCACUAUGAUCCUUCGAUUAGAAAAACCCGCGCAUUUGAAAGCCUACGUCACUUUGGGCUCGCCAUUGCUACGAGAGAAGAAUUGAUAAAAAAAGAAGAACCGAGAUCCGGAAGAUUUAGAGUUCAUGGAUGA